AUGACCAAAACAGCUCCUUAUUGUAAGAAUGGCCUCACUAAGAAUUUUGAAAAAUCCAUCAAGGUAUUUGAUGGUAGUUGGGAAUUAAGGGAUUCAAUUGCUGACCAAAAUGAGAGACACUAUAUGUUAAUUAAGGAAAAUUCAUCAAAGAUUAUCAUUCAGGGAAAUCAACGUUACGGCUCAAAUUUCACACAGUUCUCAUCUACCACAAUUCAAGAUGAUUGUGGACAAGCAAAUAUUGAGGGAGAAUCAAUAAGGUUUUUGAACUCUGAUGGGCAAAUUCUAUUGAGUGGUUGGUUUGUGGCCAGUGAAUCUGUUUGCAUUGGUGAUUUUCACGUGUAUCCACAACAAAAUUCUUCAGCAAACUCAACAGAUCUCGCAGAAACUAGUAUCCCUUUUUUAGCAAUUCUUUCACCAAUUACUGCUGCUGUGCAAUCAGUGGUAACUCUUACGGAUAUGAUUGGGUUCAGCCUGCAAUCCUUGGAUAUAGAUCAAUAUACUGGUAAGAUUUACUUGAUUAUGCAAAACAAGACUCAAAUCAACUUGGUGACACUCUUCAAGAAUCAAAUCAUUCUCAACCAGCAAAUUGCAACCUGCCAAGAUCCAACCAAGUGCCAAGUCUUGUCUAUUCACUUCUCUGCCUUGUAUGAAAGAAUUAUUGUCUCUUUCUUUGAGAAGUCUUCCUUUCAAUUAACAAUUGCUGGCGAUAUGAAAACGUAUUCAUCUUAUCAAUCAGCUCAAUGGGUACUAUUGCUCAAUAAGGAUGGAUCCUAUAUUCACAACCAAAGAAUCUUUCAUAGCUCGGACUCUGUUAUGUCCACACCUAAAAUCAAGUUUGAUUCUAUUGGAAAACUCAACAUUCUCCUUAUUUGUGAAAGAAAUUGUUACCUUAAUGAAGAUGCUGUUUCACCAAAUGUAUUCCUUCUUCAGUAUGAUUAUGUAAACACAGUCUAUUCAUUUGUGAAGAACUUUAUUUCUACAACUGGAAAUUUCACAUUCACCAUUCAUUCACUCUCUGUUGAAAGAGAUUUAACACUGACUACUGUAAUCUCACCACUUAAUUCAGUUUCGUAUACAAUUAAAGAUGUAGCAGGAAGAUCUAUGCAAGCUGUAAAUAAUACUGUCUAUCAGUACAGAUUCAGACAUGUUGAUGGAAAGAUUAUUCACAUUCUUCCUCUCACUUCUGAAGUUGAUUUGACUAAUGCAUUCCUAGUUUCAACUUCCAGUCCAGUUGUCAACACUAACAACUUUAUAAGAGAACAGAAUCCAAUCCUUUACACAAGAACAUCACCAAUUACAUACAAGACAGAACUUUUUGUUCAAGCAUAUAUUUAUUAUGGCAAUAGAGAUAAUGAAAAGGACUAUACCUACAUCUCGAAAAGUCCUAGAUAUGGUGGUGAUAGUGGAGCUGGAGAUCCAACAACCCAAAAGGUGUCAAGAAUUGAUAUUUUGGGUGAUGGAUACGUUUAUUGCUUCAAAUUCACAUACACCGAUGGAGCUAUCAAAUAUUUUAAUGAAGCAAGAUGUAUUGGUAGAGUUAUCACUGCCUAUUUAGACAAUGAUGAAUAUAUCAAGGAGAUGAGCCACGAUUAUACCACCUUUGGGAGUGCGCAGAUAUUGCUUUGCAUUUCGUUUAAAACAAACAAACAAACCAUCAAUUUUUUAUGUGACAACAAAGUGAAAUUUGUGGAAUAUGUCCCAGAAGGAUUAGAGGUAAUAGGGUUUGGAGUUAAAAGUGGUUAUUGUAUUGAUUCAAUCUCCUAUAUGUAUGGCUAUACCAAUACUUAUUCAUGUGCCAACGGUUACAGUGGUGAUGACUGUUCAGCCCCAGUAUGUUAUGAUGUUGAUUCUUCCAGUAAGUUGGUGUGUAAUGGAAAUGGUCGAUGUGCAGGUCCUAAUAAUUGCUCCUGUAUGUCAUCAAGUGUUAACACUGACUCUCACAAUUGUGCAUCAUAUUCAUUUUGUAAUGAUGUUUCAUCCAACAGCGUGGCCAUAUGUUCUGGAAGAGGAUCAUGCCAUUACAAUGGAACAUGUAGUUGUGAAAAAGGUUACUACGGAAAUGAAUGCUCAAUCGAAGCACAAUGUUUUGGUAUUCCAAAGAGCAGUUAUGGAACUUGCUCUAAUCAUGGUAAUUGUUUAGACAUUGAUACUUGCGAAUGUAAUGUAGGUUACACUGGAAGAAAUUGUGAACUCCCAAUUUGUUUCGGAAAGGCGGCUAACACUUCAGGUAUUUGUUCUGGACAUGGAUCUUGUGUGAGGCCAAGUGUCUGUUCUUGCAAAACUGGUUACUAUGGUCCAAAAUGUGAAUAUUUCUAUUGUAAUGGAACUGCCAAUGCUUCUCCAUCAGUUUGUUCAUCAAAAGGUGGCUGUAUAGACUACAACAAAUGUGUUUGUAAGGAAGGUUACUAUGGUCCAAACUGUGAGCUCUAUAAUUGUAGUGGAAUUGUGUAUAAUGAUCCAAAUGUUUGUUCAGGAAACGGACAAUGCAUUGGAGUAAAUAAUUGCGCAUGUACCACUCCAAGAUCUAGUGGUCAAUCGUGUGAAAAAUGUGAUUCUGGUUACUUUGGGUCUCACUGUGAAAAGUUCACAUGUGGCAACAUUGAGAGCACCUCUCCAACCGUAUGUAGUGGAAGAGGCAUUUGUAAAUCUUUAAAUACUUGCAUUUGUGAAAAUGACAAUAUUAAUGGAAAGCUUUGUGAAAGUUGCAUCACUGGUUACUAUGGGGAAAAGUGCACCAAUUGGACAUGUAAUGGUAUUCCAAGUACUAAUAGUUCAGUUUGUAAUUAUAGAGGAGUUUGUUCUUCGUAUAACAAUUGUGUAUGUAAUAGCAGAUCAUAUGGCACAUAUUGUAAUCAGUGUAUUGGAUUCUAUGUUGGACAAACAUGUGGAUCAUGUGCUGGAUCUCAUUAUGGUGAUGAGUGCUACAACUUUUUAGAAUCAAAUAAGGCCCCAUAUUUGAAUUAUCAAAAUGGUUUCAUAAUUAUAACCAAUACCAAUUUUAGAUUCCAGCAGGGAACUGUUGAUUGUUCUCGUGUGUUUGAAAAUGUUGGUGAUAUUUCUAAAGUUAUCAAUGUUGUAACUUGUAAAGUUACAGAAAUUGGACUCAAUUUGGAUAAACGAAGUUAUAGAUAUACUAUUGAAGUAACUAUACCAAAUAACUAUGCAAUUUUCAAUCCAAGAAACCCUAUCAGCUUCAACGUUAUGUGGUCAUCAACUAAAGCUCCUAUUUAUCAAAUGGUCAACUUGGAUAUAAGUGACUUUUUGAAGAAUGAACAACCUUAUUAUCGUGGAGUAUAUUUCCAAGUGACCAAUGGAGUUGCUAGUGGUAAAACAAUUAACAGAUGUUUUGAAACCAAAAUCAAGGCAUAUUAUUCUCAGCCAGAAUUUGGUACUUUCCAAAGCUUAACUUGGAAUUUGACUGGAAACUCUGUAUCAUUAAUGAAAAACAAAUUAGUGAGCGAUGCCAUCCAAAAUGCUCAAAACAAGCUCGAGUGGACUUUCCCUUACAUUCCAGAGCUAUCUCACUUUGGUUAUAUUGAAUUAUCUGUCAGUGUUGUCACUAAUUUUGGUUUGAAAUAUACUUCUAGUGAUGCGCUGAGCGUGAGUGGAAGCUACAGAAAAACACCUUACUAUUUCCCAAGAACAACAUUCCUUCUCACAUCUAACGAACUUACAAUCCCAUUAUCACAAUACUUUUCAGAAAAUCUGGAAUGCAUUGAUGGAAGAACUAUUUCAUACACAAUUUCUAAACAUUUCAAAAUAUUGGAUAGUUACUUUUCUUUGGAGUUUACAGAAAAGGAUAUUGUCUUCAAAGCAAAGACCACUUCUAUGUAUAUGUUUAUUACAAUCCAAAUGAUAGAUGGUACUCAAAUUCUACUCAAUUUCAAUUUCAAACCUCCAACAGUUUCAAUUAAGGAAACUGUAGUUGUUUACAAAGAAUCAAGUGUUCCAACUUUGACUCUUUCUUGCAAGUAUUAUUAUGGAAGAGAUCAAAUUUCCAUUCCACAGAUGAUGUUAAUAAUGGAAAAUAAUCAAGUUUAUAAGAGAAUUAUGAUGGCUCAAACAGACGAAACUGUUUCAUUGCAAGUCAAUCAAUUGUAUCCUUGGUUUGAUUUAACGAUUCCUCACACCUUCACUGUUGCUUGCUUGCGGUCAACUGAUUAUGCUCUUUCUGACCUUUCUUCUCUUUCAAGAGUUAUUACAAACUAUAACAGUAUCCUACCAGUUGUUGGAAUUACAACACAAACAGUUUCCUUUAUAUCUGAAACAAUUAAUGAUUAUUCUUCAUGUAAGGUCCUUGGUGCAAGUUUGAUUGGUUUAAAGUCAAAUACCAUUCCAUUCCCAGAAAUUUGGACUACCUAUUUCCUUGAGAUUUUGACAACUCAAGCUCCAAACUGCCAAGUUGAUAUUUCAUAUAUUAAUUCUCAAAAUGAAAAAUAUAUGUUAGAUAAUGUUUCUGUGAGUGGUUCUAAAUAUGUACUUCCAUUACAAUUUUUAGAAAGAAAGCUCAAAUCUAGGUUGACAACAAUUUCAAAUCUCUACAAUUAUUUCACACUUUCCUUAAAAGGAUCCAAUGAUUUAGUUGAAAAAACUACCAAUUUAAUUGUACAAGAUUCAUUGUCUUCCAUUGUUAAUGUUGCUGAUUGUACCAUUUCUCCUUCAAAGAUUGAAAUUGGCUUUACACUUGCAAAACUUUCAUGCUCAAUAUCUCCACCCUCCACAUACUUAAUGACACUUUAUCAUGAAGAUUCUAUUGUGGCAACUUCGUAUUCCUCACCAAUUUCAUUCAAGUUUUCAAAGAGUGGUAAGAAUUUCAAGCUUCAAUUCCUAGAUGAAAAAACAGGAGGACAAACAACUUUGCCAAUAACCCUGAUGAACCAAAUUGAGUUUAGUACAAGCAGUUUGUUUACAGAUGAAUUGGUUUCAUCUAUAUCAAGUAGUCUGGCAAAUUCAAGUUCAGAUUAUUUCAAGAAUAAUGAUUUGGUAAUUUCAAUGGUUUCUAAUUUCAAUUCUCUUUCUUCAAAUAAUUCUAUUGUUAUGGGAGAAAUUCAAAGAAUAAUUCCAGCUGCUUUAGCUGCCACUACUUCUUCAGUUUCCACCCAACUGGAUGUCAAUCUAGCCCAAGGAUCUGUGACAUCCGAAGCAAUUUCUAAAUAUAUCAAUCAAGUCAAAAUUCUUUCAAAACCUGAAUUCCUUACUAAGGAAAGUACAAUGUCAACUGUUGAUAUGAUUAACAAGUUUGUUGAUAUUUCAAGUAAGGCAGCUGUUUGGUCAUCAGAUUCUUCAAAUUCACUUUCUGAAAUUUUGGUAAAUGUUGCAGCAAAUAUCCCAGAAAGUUCUACUAUCAAAUUGGCAUCUUCAAUUGUGAAUGCUGCUAUUUCGUUGGGAACUAAGGCCGAGUUGACAACUUUAGACUUUUUCCCAGGUGAAAAACCAUCCAAUUUGGUUUCUAUUAAUGCUGUCAAGACUUCAGUAGCCUUUUUGAAUUCGAAUAGUUUUUCCUUCUCCAAUUCUAAUAGUUCAUUGGUCUCUUUUAGUGUUUCCACGGUUUCCACCAUUCAAAUGGUCAAUAUUGCAAAUUCAUUAUUCAAAUUCCCAACCAAAUUAUCAAGAAAAGUUGAAGAUGUAAAAAAGGAAUAUAUUUCACAAUUGACCAUUUCAAAUUCAUUGACAGGAAGUGUUCAUAUCAAUAUUCCAAUUCCAUCCUAUAUUGCACCAAUCAGUUCAAGAACCAAUCAAACAUUCAGAUGCAGUUUGACUCUUGAUUUUACAAAUUUUGAAACUGAAUCAAGUUGUAAAUUUAUCAAGACAUCUUUCCAAUUAUUGACAGAUAUCAAAGCAAGUGAACAAACUCUUAUUGUCCAUUGUUUGUGUGAUUUAUCCUCUCUUUCCAACCUCAUGAACAAUUCAAUGGUUGGAAUAACUGCUGAUUACCUUGAACAAACUCUUCCUCUUCCUGAAAAGUCAACCACUCAAAACAGUGACAAUAACAAUAAUGGUAAUAACGAUAAUAAUAACAAUAACAGUAAUGGAAAUAGUAAUGAUAGUUCUGCAGCUGCAGCUGUGGUGAUUCUCAUCCCAGUUCUCUUGUGUUGUGUCUGCUUUAUCACAAUUCCAAUUGUUGUUGGUUUCAUUAUCGUGAGAGAGAAGAGAAAGCAACAGCAAAACACUCCAAAUGUUGCACCACCAAUGCCUGCCAACACUCGACCACAAUAUGAUAGAGUAAUGACUAAUUCAACCAAUAGCUCAGGUUCUCCAUUUGAUCAAUUUGGAAGAGUCAAUUCGAAUUUCAAUCAACCAUCUAGUAAUAAUAUUGCAAUGACAACAUAUUCUGAAACUAAUUUGGGUCACAAACCUACAACUAUAUAA